AUGUUCGCGGGUGUAACAGCUAAAACGAAGAAUUUACCAUCGUUAACUAAACAAGAACGUCCGAAACGCGAAUGUCGGGCACCUAAACGGUCUUAUGGUACUGAAUUCUAUGCGACAAAACGUCUCAAACACGAUCAAAAUGAUCCUGACGAAUCGAUUGAUAAUUCAUGUGCAUUUGCAUUGACAACAUCUGACACAGACGAAGACAAUGAUACUGAAUCGAAAUGUUCGACUAGCGAUGAUACCGAACAGUCGUCUGCCAAACAAUUUGAUGAUAAUAGUGACAUCGAAGAUGUGGAAGAAGAAGCGGCAAACGUCUAUUUUUCGAAAUUGUCAUCAGAUCAACAUCGGCAUUUUCCAGUUGUUCUUAAUGAAACGGUCAUACAGCGACAACAAACGUUAACUCGACAUUCGAAAAGAUUAAUAUCUCAGUUUAAAUACUUGUACGAUCAUGGAUUGAGGAAAUCAGUUCAACCGACGAAUGUUCCAGAUACUCUCUUUCAAAAUAAUGAAAUUUAUUUGGAAAAACUACGUUGGGAACUGAAGAAUACAUUCAAUCGACUUGAUCUAUUUAAAGAAGGUUAUUGCGUUUUAUCAAAUGAAUCAUUUCCAUUCUAUUCGCUUUGUUACAUGUGUGGUUCAAUGGGUUCGGAGUUGAUUUAUUGUACAAGUUGUUGUGAAGCAUAUCAUUCAACUUGCUUAAACGAAUACGAACGUCCACGACCAGACUCGACAUCAGAUUGUUGGCUAUGUCCGAAUUGUAAUGUAUGUACUAUAUGUGGUUUAUUAACUCAUCCGAAUUUUUUAUCGCUAAUGGCCCAUGAACAAAAUGUAUCUCCACAAUUAAUUUCUUGUUCUGAUUGCAAACGAAAUUUUCAUCUGAAAUGUAUUAAACGGUUUAAAGACGAUCAACUCACUGAAUUCAAUAAUGUGAAUAAUCCUGUUAAUUCGAACAGCGCCAAUUCCAUUGUAUCUCUAUCACGUUUAUCCAAUAGUUAUUUACUAAAUCAAACCUGGCUUUGUCCAUCAUGUAUCAAAUGCGAUUGCGGACAACCAUUGAUAUCAACUGAACGCAAUGUUCUUCCUUUAACGAAAACUUAUUUAUCCCAACAGUCACUGAUGUGUGUGGAAUGUUUGAAUAACCUCAAAAAGAUUCGUUUGGAGAAGAAUGAUAAUAUUGAAAGAUGUCAUUUAUGUGAAAAGUACAUCGAACAGAUUUAUUCGAAAGAACGACAGCAGAUCAAUACAUUUUUACAGUGUAUCAAAUGCAAACAUCGGUUUCAUCCGAAAUGUGAUGAAUAUUUGAAUGAAGAUGCAAUGAUUAUUCCACAGAUGAAAACUAAUCUAUGUUUAAAUGUGAUUUGCUCCAAAUGUGAUCUCGAAGAAAAAGGCAAGAUUCGAAAAGCUUUAUUAGAAUACAAAUUACAAACGAUUAGAAGCAUUCUGACGGCACUUUCAUCAAUAUUAGAAUUAGUCGUAGCAAAUCCAGAAGAUUUCAGUAAAUUGCAAAGUUCGAUACAAAAUCUUCAACAGCUAUAUGAAUCUCGACAGCAAUCGUUAAACUUGCAAUCAUUUCUCAGCGACCUACUAGCAAUCAUUCGACGUCUUUCUACACAUAACGAAAUCCAACGUUGGCAAGCAGUGAUCGACGGAUGCAUUAUUCGGCAAUGUCCAUGGUUUAAAUCGUCUGUAUAUCUCACUCAUCAUUCAUCUUCGACAACCAAUCGAUCUCUUCAACCGGCACCAUCCACUGAUCAUACCUAUGCUUUCAAUAACGAACAUACUCUCAAUGAAACAACGACCAAUUCGCUGUUGAACAAUCUGGAUAUUGAUGCAAUGAAUAAAGACGGUCAAUUCAAGAAUCUUCAUGAAACUGAUACGAGAAAAUGUCACAUAUGUGAAACAUUAUCUGAUCACACAUCAAGCAAUGUCGGUCGUCUGAUUUCAUUCGGUGUCAAUCAAUGGGUACAUGCCGGUUGUAUACUUCCAGCCUAUGCCAAAAAUCUCGAUCAACCACCGUAUAUUCUACGUAAUAUACGUGAAACAGUUCUUCGCUGUUCGACCAAAUAUAUCUGUGCUAUAUGUUCGAAAUUAGGUGCUAGUGUACAUUGUUGUGAAAAUGAAUGUUACCAACGAUUUCAUUGUGAUUGUAUACAAAAAUAUUAUUCAACGGUUGAUAAGAGUCUUCAACAGCAAUUGAACUUGAAAAAUGGCUUUUUACCGAAUUUGACCACUGUAUGUUUGAAACAUAAUGGAUUGAGAACUAUGAAUCAUAUUCAUCGAGAAAGUGUCGAUGGUAACACUGAAAAUGAUACAAAAGAUUCUUCAACAUCUAACAAUGUUCCACCUUCUCCGAAAUACAAAUCUGUCAAUGUUGCAUCGGCUGUUUAUGGCGAUCUUUCGAAUAAUUCCGUUGAGUUUGCUUUGAUAAACACUCGGUUGUGCAUCGGCUCGCUUCAAAUUCAUUCAUUGGGAAACUACGAUUAUCAAAUUGAUAAACGUGAUGAUCAAAUGUUCUCGUGUAAAAAUUAUUCGAAUGAUUAUCGUGCUUCACGUCUAUUCUGGAGUUUGAAAAAUCCUCGAAAGAAAACCGUCUAUCAUCUUCAUAUACAAGUCGAUCAAACCUAUCAUAUCGAUGAAUCAAAUCAUCGAGUGAUUCAACAUCCAAUGACUGAAGAAGAAAUACAUCUUCAACGAUUAUACGAUACAUGUCGAGAAUCGUUUACUGAAUUUCAGAAGAAAAUCGACGAUCAUUACACUUCUGUUGAAGAAUUUUGCCAGAGAACAUCAGUUAAUAGAAAAGGAAGCACGAGCCAAUCGAAUUACAAGAAGAAAAACGCUAGUGCUGGAGUCGGAACCACAAAGAGAUUACCCAAAGCUACACCAUCCUGUGUGAAACGGCAAACUCCCAAAGCUGCGUUGAAGAAUGUUUCGCGACCGCGAAAUCGCUUCGCUAAUGAGCCUAACCCACAAAUCAAACAGAAUCCUCCACCAAAAGACAAUAGAGACUUCAAAAUCAAUGACAUUCAAAAUUUGUUCAAUGAUGAACGUUUCAAAACAGCGGAUGUUUCGCAAUUCGCUCUAGCACUCGUACAAGCUCUUCGACAAGUUGGACAAUCGACCAAAUUACAACAAGAAUCACAUUCCAAUCAUCGUGCACCAGAGCAAAGUCCCAAUUCAUCCAAUGGAGCAACGACGGACAAAAGUCACGAUCAUCUUCUAAAACAGUUAUUGAAGACGAUCACUGUACCACAGCAAGUGAAUGGUAAUGAUAUUGUUCUCUAUCAAAAUAUCAAUUCUCAACUGACAACUGUCAACUCUUCUCAAUUACCGGCAUACCCAGUACAUUGGCGUUCAACAAUGUCAACUCAAAUCGAAACUGCAUCUAUUUCUAAGGCCUACGACGACAUCAAGCCGACCAACCAUCUUUCACAAUCUUGUUCUUCCUUUACUGGUAACAGGCCUUUAUCACACACAACCGAUAAUAAUACCUUCAAUUUAAUUCCAAAACCACCUUGUAUUCCACAAGUCGAUGGAUCCAUCGAUAUGGACACCGACGAUGAAUAUUCUAUAGCUCGUCUUGUGAUAAACUCUCUAAUCGAACAGAUCGCUAAUCAAAAUAAUACAGAUCGUAUUCGUGUAGACAGUGAAUAUUGCAUGGAUUUAUCUGAUUAUGUUCAUUCACCAUCAUUAAUUCAUGUUGCACCUAUUUCUCCUCAUUGUCGCGCUGAACAAACACUGGACGACGACGAAAAAGCAUCGAUUUCAUCAUUGGAUCUUAUUCAAUUCUAUAAAAAAUGGUCGAGAUCAAAAUUUUCUCGAGCGAAAUUCACUAUCACUAAUGACGAAGGCUAUGAAAUCAUCUCUGACGAUUUAGACAAUGCCUGGUCAACUAUAAUUGAUUCUAUACGUACUUGUCGUGAUGAUAUGAACUUAUCACAUUUACCCAUGACAAAUGACGAAUUAAACGGACAUAAGAUCUUUGGUCUAACUAAACCGAUCAUUAAAAUCUUACUCAAUCAAAUGUACACGAAUCAGCAACAAAUUGGCUCAACAGUUUUACCAUUAUCAUCCUCAUCAACAACACCCUUGACGAAUCCAACAUCAAAUGAUACUCUUCCCAAAAAGAACCUCUUAUCAUCGUGUUCACGAACGAAUACUUAUGAGCGAAAAACUCGCGAACGACAACGAUUUGGUUGGCUGUUAAAUCAAAGUCGAAAGAUUGACUAUGCACUGAAAUCAUUUGAAAUUGAUGAGGCACUUGCUCAUGCACGACGAAUUCUCCUUGCUGAAGCUUCAGUUAGUUUACGUCUGUACCAUUUACAUUAUUUUUCGGAACGUGCAUUGCUUGUUGGUUCAUCUCCAAUUCAUGGUUGUGGUUUAUUUACAUUGGUUGAUUUAGUUGAAGGACAAAUGAUUAUUGAAUAUUCGGGUGAAGUCGUUCGACCGUGUUUAACAGAUAAGCGUGAACGUGAGAACGAAGGAAAAGGUUUCGGUUGUUAUAUGUUUACAGUCGAUUCAAUGAACGUUAUCGAUGCUACACAUCGAGGUAACAAAGCGCGAUUUAUUAAUCAUAACUGUGAACCCAAUUGUUUCGCAAAAACUGUUUUAUCCGGUGGUGUUAAACACAUUGUCAUCUAUGCGUUAAAAGACAUUUCACGCGGAUCAGAAUUAACCUAUGAUUAUUCAUUUCCUGAAGAAGAUGUGAAAAUAGCUUGCCAUUGCGGAUCAAGUAAAUGUCGAAUUUAUUUAAACUAA